AUGAACCUCUACCCGCAGCAGACCCACGACAUGAACAACGGCGCCGCCAUCGCCCACCAGAACCUUCAGAUCGACAACUGGUGCAACGAGAUCUACUCGGCCUGCGCCGGCUUCGGCACGGACGAGGACCGCCUCUCGAAGCUCAUUGGCACCAAGACGGCCGCCGAGCGCCACCUUAUCUCGCUUCGCUACCCGGAGCUCCACAACAAGUCGCUGUACGACGAGCUCAAGCGCGAGACGUCGGGCGACUAUGGCAAGCUCCUCCAGCUCCUUGCGCAGCCGCUCGAGGAGGCCGAGGCCAUGAUCAUCCGCGACGCGACCAAGGGCGCCGGCACCACCGAGAAGCUUUUGUACCCGGUGCUUGGCGGCCGCACGAACGAGGAAAUCAACAUCCUCAAGAAGGCCUUCUUCAAGAACUACCAGAACGACAUGGUCGUUGUCCUCGCCGAUGACCUCGGCGGUGAUCUCAAGACGUUCUUCCUCGCAAUCGUCAACCAGAUGGCGCAGCCGUACAACCCGAGCAUCCACACGCAGGCCAAGGCCCAGGAGUUCGCCGAGGCCAUCUACAAGGCCGGCGAGGGCAAGUGGGGCACGGAUGAAAGCGGCUUCUGCAACACGCUCUGCUCGAUCCCGGCCCAGUUCAUGGCCACCGUCAACGCGGCCUAUGUCGCCAAGCACGGCAACAGCCUCGAGCGUGCGAUCGAGAAGGAGUUCGGCGGCAAGUCGGAGGACGCGCUCCUCUACCACAUCGGCAUGAUCCUCCACCCGAUCGAGACGAUCGCGGUCCAGAUUGAGCGCACGAUGAAGGGCAUUGGCACCGACGAGUAUGGCCUCGCGUGCGCCAUCGUCCGCUACCAGCACCUCCUUCCCAAGUCAAGCAGGCGUACCAGUCCAAGUACAACACGUCGCUCCGUGACCGCAUCUAUGGCGAGACGUCGGGCGACCUCCGCAACCUCCUCCUCACGAUCCUCGAGCACUCGAGCUAA